GUGAAAUCACCCGGCACCGGAGAAAGUUUGGUCAUUAGCCGGUUGCGAUCAGCGGGCAUUCUGCACUGUCGAACACACAGAGAUAGAGAGCUAGCCUACCGAGACGAGUUGGUCCUCCAGAAGAGCGGCGGGGCUGUUUUUCUCCCCGCGGUGUCAUUAUGAGAUGUCGUCUCUCAGCGCCUCCUUCGUGCAAGUCAAGUUCGAUGACAUCCACUUCUACGAGAACUGCGGCGGUGGCAGUUUCGGCAGCGUCUACCGAGCCAGGUGGAUCUCACAGGACAAAGAGGUGGCAGUGAAAAAGCUCCUCAAGAUCGAAAACGAGGCUGAAAUCCUCAGUGUGCUCAGCCACAGAAACAUCAUUCAGUUCUAUGGGGCAGUUCUUGAAUCACCUAAUUAUGGCAUCGUCACUGAGUAUGCCAGCGGAGGCUCUCUCUACGAGUUCCUGUCGAGUGACGAGAGCGAGGCCAUUAACAUGAAGCAGAUCAUGACCUGGGCGAUGGACAUAGCCAAAGGAAUGCACUAUUUACACGCGGAGGCCCCAGUGAAAGUCAUCCACAGGGACCUGAAGUCCCGGAACGUGGUCAUGACACCAGAUAAAGUACUUAAGAUCUGUGACUUCGGCGCCUCCAGGUUUUUGUCCCACACCACACACAUGUCCCUGGUGGGGACGUUUCCGUGGAUGGCCCCCGAGGUGAUCCAGAGUCUCCCCGUGUGUGAGACGUGUGACACGUACUCUUACGGCGUGGUUUUAUGGGAGAUGCUCACUCGGGAGAUUCCCUUUAAAGGGCUGGAGGGCUUGCAAGUGGCCUGGCUGGUCGUGGAAAAGAAUGAGAGAUUAACCAUCCCCAGCAGCUGCCCGGCCAGCUUCGCCCGACUCAUGAGGAGCUGCUGGAAGACGGACCCAAAGGAGAGGCCGGUGUUCAAGCACAUCCUCCUGACCCUGGAGGCCAUGUGGAACGACAGCCAGUUGCCCGAGCAGUGCAACUCCUUCCUCAACAACAAGGCAGAGUGGAGGUGUGAGAUUGAGGCCACACUGGAGCGGCUGAAGAGGCUGGAGCGCGACCUGAGCACCAAGGAGCAGGAGCUGAAGGAGCGCGAGAGACGCCUCAAACUGUGGGAGAGACAGCUGGUGGAGCAGUCCAACACACCGCAGUUACUCCCUAACCUCGAGAUACAUACCUGGACAGAGGAUCAUGUGCACUUCUGGAUGCAGCAGAUAUUUGGUGCUGGGGAGGGGGGCUGUGAAAUGUUGCUGUAUGCCGACAUGUUCAAGAAGAACCACAUCACAGGAAAGAGACUUCUGCUGCUCUCCGAGACGGACAUGAGGGACAUGGGAAUCACGUCCAAAGGCCACAUCAUCCAUCUCAAGACUGAAAUUGAGAAGUUGGCUAAUGAUUACCUGGGGCUUUUCCACUUUCCUCCUUUGGUUAAGGAUGAGUGGGCCCAGGAGGAAGAGGAGGAGGAGGAGAGGAGUAAGAUUGUCAGUCUGGAGUUGGUCUUUGGGUACCACUGGAAAGCAGGAACAAGCCCGUCGGACUGCAAAUGGAAGAUGUACAUGGAGCUGGAUGGAGAUGAGGUGGCCGUGACCUAUAUCAAGGAUGUCACCUUCAACUCUUACAGAUCCGAUGUGGAGGUCCUAAAAAUGACCAAGCCACCAUUUGUAAUGGAUAAGUGGGUUAUUGGACUCUUUGACAACCAAAUAGUUGACUGCACCGUGAAUUAUGAGAAUGAUGUUAGAUGUCCCAAGUGUACCAGACAUAGCCAUGCAGUGCACUGGAGCUCCACGGGUGGAACGGACUUCAUCAAAACCGUAGAGCUGGCUAUCGAGACAGGGCAGCAGAAAGCAGAGGGGAACCCCAGGAGCCGCUCAAACUCUGGAGUUGAUCCUAAAUGGAUCCACAGGCUGAGGAUGAAGCAGCAAAGGAACCGGCAGAUGGCGGUUGUCACUCCCCCUGCUUGCCCCAGCAACAUGACCCUGCCUCAGUUCCUGUCUGCCUACGGUAACCAGUCCUCGUAUGCGGCUGCGGUGAGGCGCUCGCCCAAUAACAUCCCGCUGUCCCCGUGGAGCUCGCGGUGCUCGUCUCCCACAGCAGGCCUCUCGUCCCGCCUCUCCACCCUGCACCUGGGGUCCAAGGGCAGCAGCCCGUCCAGCACCACGUCAGAGAGUGCCUCUGAGCGCGAGCGCCCCCUCAGCGCCGGGCCCCUGCACAGGCCAAGAAGUUCCUAUUUUGGCGCGUCGUUCAGUCCCUCGUCGGGCCGAGAUGUAAGGAAGUCACCCUCCUCACCUGGACCCAGGAAGUCCUCCAUCACCCCUGAAUUCAAGUCAUCAAGAAAUGCUCAGUAUGGCUGGAGGCCGCGGUCUAAUUCCAGCGCAGGAGCUCUGUGUCAGGUCCCAAGGAUGAUACCUGGCAUGUCCCCAGCGAGCAGCCCAAAGGAGGAGCCCGAGGUUAAGGCCAACGAUGGGGGUUGGAUUAAAGUGGAGCGUCAGAAAAAGCCUCAGAGGCAGCCGGAGAGCAAGCCAUUCAGGGGUAGAGGAGGGAGGAGAGGAGGCCGUGGUGGUGGACGUGGACGGAACUGACCAUAACUAAGUUUACCUCAGCAACAUCAACAGCUACUGUACAGAAACUUGAAAGUCAAUAAUCAUCAAACAAUGUCUCCAUGGCAUGAAUGCAUGGUGUAGGCUACACUUUUUUUCCGACUCAUCAAGGGAUGAAAUGUUGUGAACAGUUAUUUUGAACUGAAGAUGCAAUUCAAACGAAUAUAGUGUCAAGUCAAAAUCAGCUUUUGGCUAUGCCUAAUUUGUAAACACUACAAACAAUAACUUCAGGAAACUAUGUCUCAGGUCUUUAUAAUUAAAGCAGGAAAUAGAACAUUCAUUUGUAGCCUACAUUUGUAAGACUGACUUUUAAUAUGUGAUCAAUGAAAUUAUUGAUUAUGUUUUCUGCCUUUUUAAAAUUAAUAUCAUGUUUUCAAAAUGUAUUAAAAGUCAUCAGCGAUGAAUAACAUGACUCUGAAAAAGAUCAGCAUUGGCCUAUAUGCUACUGGCCUAUUUCUUUCAGAUCCAAACAGUCAUUGUCAAACUUUAUUUUAUUCUGAUGUUUAUACACAAUAUGUAUUAUUUUUAAAAUCACAUUGUAUUUUCUCUGAACACAUUUGGUGUAUGUAUGGGCAUUUCAUAAAGAAAUGUGUAAUAUUUAUAUAUAUAUUUAGUUAGCCUGUAGGUCGAUCAGAGUUAAAGAUUUACUGGGUCGUUUUGUUAUGCAGAUUUAUUGAGGAUAAAUUGGCGCCACCGAAAGGGUCCUAAACAUGUAAUGAAAUCGUACCACAACAUGUAUAGUUGUGCACUGAAAUAAAAAAUAUUUUUAAAUGUUUUCAAUGUAUGUAUAUAAAUAUGAAUAAUAAACCCCCCUUUCCCCCA